AUGGUGGUGAACAACCCGAACAACUGGCACUGGGUCGAUAAGAACUGUUUGCAGUGGUCACGUGAGUAUUUCAACCAAGUGCUCAAGGGGCUUGAGGCGAAUGGCGAUGGCGCCGAGACCGCGGUCACCCUGGUCAAUAAAGUCGAUGGCGACGUCGACGUGUCCCAACGGAAAGGGAAGGUGAUCUCCUUGUUUAACCUUGCCCUCACCAUUGGUUUCAAAGCCAAGGAUAAAGAUGGUGAGUGCCAGGGGACGAUUAACGUCCCGGAAUUGGCCUACGACACCGACGCCGACGAGAUCCAGUUUGACAUUAAUAUCCAUAACGAACUGUCGCUGACGGAACGGUUCCGUGCCGUCGCCAAGAAGCUUUUGGUUCCCGCUCUCCGCGAUGUGCUUUCCCGGUUUGGCAAGGACUUAAUCAUUGCUAACGCCGGCGAUAUCCAAUUGGACCCUACCCAAGUGAACUCCCAAUUCACCAAAGCCAACCAGGAAGAAGUGGUAGCUAAGAAUAGCGCCGGUGGUCUGCUGCUGGGGGCGCUGCUGCUGGGUGCGGCUAAAAAUAGCUCGCUGGCUCUGCUGGCUCUGGCCCUGACUACCAAAGUGUUCAACACUGCUAGUGUCUACCUCGAGCCCGAGUUUAACACUACUGCCGAACAGUUAUACAUUACUCUCACCGACCGUGAUCGCGUCGUCGCCUGGGCGCGGCUGACCCCCGUGAUGCCCGCCUACCCCGUCCCCGUCGGCCUGGAAUUCUCAUUAUUUGGCGGUGCCGUACUGGGUAAAUUCAUUAAGCUUGACCCCCACCACGAGAUCGAACAAUUGUGGCGCCUCAGCGACUGGAAACCCGGCCACUACGCCACGCUCGACAUCAGAUUGUCGCAGGGGAUCUCCGAGACGAACAUGCUCGUCAAAUUCACCGGGGUGCCCAUUGGCGAAGAGGACCGGGUGCGGGCCAAUUUCGAGGAGUACUACGUGAGAGCGAUCAAGCUUACGUUUGGCUUCGGCGCCGUAUUGUAA